AUGCCAAACAAUAACUGCAUCUCUGCCUCAGGCCGCGCUGCAUGUGGAGCGCGGUCGAGAAUGUCAUAUCACCUCUUCGUCGAUUUGUAUACCCCCUUACUCUCGGAUUAUGGCACGGCGGGGUUCUGGAAUGAGAUUGUGCUGCAGGCCAGUGCUGCUGAUGAGAGUAUCAAGCAUUUGAUGAUAGCUGCUUCGAGUUUGAGAGGCCCUUCUUCCCUUGUUGUCUCAAUGUCGCCGUCUCCUUCUUCAUCGACUUCUGCAUCGACGUCGACAAUCGCCGAGUUGAGUCCAGGAUAUAAUCAUGAGAAGAAAAACGUCUCCUUCCUGCUCCAUCACGGAAGAGCACUACAACUCCUCAGCCAAGCAUCUCAGCCGUCGAUUACGAUUACACUGAUUGCUUGCGUUCUACUCGCUGUAUGCGAUGAGCUUCAGCAUCGAUCGAUAGAAGCGCAAAUGCAUAUACAAGCUGGCCUGAAGAUUCUGGCUACCCAUCAUUCUGACUUGUGUUUGGCGGGCGAUACCGUGGCUGAAAUUGCGUCGACGUUUACAAAACUGUGUAAUCCGAAACCUGUUAUGCCGGGGUUUGAGGAGGUGAGGCGGUCGUUGAGUGUGUAUGAUGGGUUUUAG